AUGUUACUCGCUGUUUUAUUUAUUAUUCCAGUAGGCGCACAACAAGAAUUAGACCCAGCCGCCCCACCCGACUUCCCUGAAGAGGCGAGAUAUUAUUUUGAUGCACCGAAGGCGAAGCUUGCGGAACCGAUUACGCAGCGAGAUACGCUAAAAUUUGUACAUAUCCUAUAUCGACAUGGCGACCGAGCACCAUCAAUGCUUUUACCAAAUGAUCCAAAUAACGGUGCAUCCUCCUGGCCAAAUGGUCUAUCGGAAUUGACCCCAAAGGGUAUCCAGCAACACCACCGACUUGGAAAAUGGUUGCGAAAUCGAUACGAUACUUUUCUAGGAAAGAACUUUUCGAGGAAAGAUAUUUAUGUUAGAAGCUCAGACUAUCCAAGGACGAUCAUGUCGGCGCAAGCAAAUUUGGCAGGAAUGUUUCCAACGUCACUACUAGAUGCUAGCAAGCCGGAUGAUUGGAUACCGAUACCAAUCCACACCGUCGACAAAGACCGUGAUAUUCAAUUGAAUGAGCAGCUAAAGUGCCCAAAUGCAGAUGCGGCGUUGAACGCAAUGAAUGACGAUCCAAAGGUUCACGAAAUCGAAGAAGCACACAAGGAUUUGUUAAAAUACUUGGAGAUCCAUUCAGGCGUCAAGAAACCGUUGCGCCUGCGGGGAAUGUGGGCCAUUUUUGAUGCGUUGAAUUGCGAGUAUCAUCACCAGGAUACACAUAAAUGGCCGGACUGGAUGAAUGCAACGAUCUGGGGUAGAGUACAGACCCUCUACGAUCAGAGCAGCCAAUUCAUUUUCCAUAAUAAGCAAUUGAGGAAAUUGAGAGGAGGUGCGCUAGUUGCCGAAAUUUUCGAGCGGCUACAGGCGAAAAGGAAUGGUACUUUGGAUGCAAAGGGCCCUACUAAAGUAUAUGUGUAUUCAGCGCACGAUACUACACUUGCCGCAUUUUUGUCGACAUUCGGGAUUGUUCCACAUGUGUUUCCACUCUAUGCAUCGACAGUCAUCCUGGAAAUGCAUAAUAUAGCGGGGCAGGAUAUUGUUGAGAUAUACUCCAAAAAUGUGACCGACUCCGGCGCCAUCUAUCAAAUGGAAAUUCCAUCAUGCCCGGCUCCCUGUGAAGUCGAUUUUAUUAAAGAAAGGUUGAAAGAGUUUUAUCCUACGGAUUGGUAUGCUGAAUGCGGCCGACCCAAUUCUUCCUCAACAAUUCCACUUUGGGCGAUAAUUUUUACCCUUUUGAUGACCAAUAUUCUAUGCCUAGCGGUCAUUUGUGUUGAUGUGAUCAUUCGGAGACAGUCUUCGCCUCGACUCGAUCCGCGACGUCUAUUGGAGGAAAAGUUGAUUGCCGACGAAGAGGAAGACAUGUUG